UUGUUGACGAGGAUGAGCUCUCGAUAUAACCAUUGUGUCAGUGGCGUUUUCACGCGCGCGCUUGACUUCGUUCUCUCCCUAUCGCGCGUUCCACUGGUCACGUGAGUAUAAACUUGCAUCAUACGAAUUCGUUUUUUUUUUUAAAAGCUUUUCCAUGAUAAAAAUCGAUCACGGAUUUCUGGUAAGAGAGGCAUAUCACUUUACUGUUCCUGUAUAAUGUUCUUCUCGCUUGUAUUUGUUUCAAUCGAUAAAACGAAAACUUUGCACGAAGAGCAGAGACAUAAGCUUUGCUCAUAAAUUUCUUACGCAUUGCAAGUGGUGCAAGCCUUCCUCUUAAUUGAACUGGCGAAUGACGAUAACCAGUUAUCUGUAAAUCAUUUUCUUUUGCUAUGCAUUUACUUAGUCAUAUAGAAAGUCUUUCCAGAUGAUAAUUAUUUCUACUUGAAACUCUCUGUUUUGGUAAACAUUGUCAAAUGCAGCAAAAAUAAGCACAAAUGUCAUGAAAGUAUGUUCACAAAUUUGAACAAGCCGUCAUCGUACGAUGUCAGUAUUUUAGAUUUAAUUUCCGGUUUCCUUUCUAAUUCAAGGCAGCAAGGAAAUUCAUGCUAAAAAAGAGCCAGUCAUGCAAUCUAGGAAAAUACAUAGCAAGUCACACGUGGCCAAUGACCCGCCUUACAAGAAAACAACGUUCCUGAUACGUCAUGAUUCCCUCUUUAAGGCCGUGUGGGACUGGGUCAUCCUCGCUUUUGUCAUUUACACCACAAUUGAGAUCCCUUUCGAUGUAGCGUUCCUGAGAUUGAGGCAGACUGGUGCCAGUGCCUCUCGUUUUGGCAUUCCAACGUCUCUUUCCCCGAUCGUCGCCAUGAACGUUUUCGUGGAUUUGCUCUUUAUAAUCGAUAUUCCGAUCAAUUUUCGGAGUGCAAUUGUUAACAAGCAUACCGAAGCGGUUAUUAGUGACCCCAGAGAGAUCGCAGUUUUUUACCUCAAGUCAUGGUUCAUUGUGGAUUUUGUGGCAGCUAUUCCGUUCGAGUUCGUAAUUGAUCCUGAGCAGGAAGGGGCCACCACACUCGUGGGUUUGUUAAAGACCGCGCGGCUCUUGCGCCUGGUGCGGGUGACGCGAAAAUUGGACCGUUAUUCAGAGUAUGGCUUAACUGUCGUUCUGCUGCUCACGUGCCUGUUUAUGCUCGUUGCUCAUUGGCUAGCUUGUAUAUGGCACGCUAUUGGAGCUGCUGAGGCACAAAGUGAACAUGGCUGGCUAGCUUUACUUGCCCAUAACAUCAACAAACCAAUAAAUCAGUCUAUUCCAACAAGCGGACCAACUCUUAAGACUAGGUACCUCACUUCUCUGUAUUUUACUCUGAGCAGUUUAACCAGUGUGGGGUUUGGAAAUGUUGCUCCAUCUACGAACAAUGAGAGGGUUUUUUCCAUUAUCGUGAUGCUUAUGGGAGCCUUGAUGUACGCUACCAUAUUUGGUAAUUUGACGGUGAUUAUCCAGAGGUUGUACCUUCAGACUUCUAAGCAGCACGAAAGCCUUCGACUUAUCCGGGACUUUGUGCGCUUCUACGAUAUACCGCGGGCUCUGCGGGAAGAUCUCGAUAAGCACGUGAUAAGUGACACUUCUGCGAUGACAAUGUCGGAUAUCAAUAAAGUAAGUUUCUUAAAUCUUUUUUCGGGUGACUUUUUUUCCUGCCUUCCUUCCAAAGAGGCCUCCUCGUUUAAUUUCGGUAAUUCAAGGCCAUCGUUGCCUUCUUACUUUGCAAAUAAGUUGAAAACUAUCAUAUCCUCAACGAAUGUGGUUGAAGUAUGUUUUACAAUUUUCUGUAGAGUGGAAGCUCUAAAGGCUUAUUUUCCACUUAGAAAAUUCCUAAUACCAAGAGACUAUAACCUCUCGCUGAUACAUAGUAUGUUCAUCUUUGCUCCGAAGGUAUUAAGCUUGUUCCCAGACAGUCUUCAAAUUGACAUCUGUCUUCAUAUCCACGGUAAACUGUUCGAGGAGAAUUCUGCCUUCAGCGCCGCCGUUCUCAGCUGCAAGCGGUCACUCGCCUCAAAAUUAAAGAUUCAGCAUUUUUUACCACAUCAGUAUGUGAUCAAACGAGGAGAUGAGAUGAACAACGUUUUUUUCGUCGUAAAAGGAAUUGUUCACGUGGUACUGGAUGAGAAGAUAAUUCUUGCCCUUGGGAGUGGUGAUACAAUUUACAGCGAAGAAAAAUCCUCAGAAGUUAAAGCACGCGCCGUUGCCAACGUGAUCGCACAGACCCCUACUGACAUUCAUUAUAUCGAGUGGAGCGAUUUGACAGCCAUUUUCAAAAUUUAUCCUGUAUUUAGAGAAGACUUCUUGGCAAGGAUGGUCUUCGCAUAUCAAAUUGGAGAUCACAAGAAAGAGGAGGAAGAGAUUGAACAAUUCGUUCGAUCUCCUAGGAGACUGGAACCAAAUGCAGAGACAUAUUCUAAGACAGAUAUAGAAUCUCCAAAUACUAAGAAAGACAUAAGUAAUCUAACUUUACAACCGUCUCCGAGUUCAAUCGAAAUGAAAAACGUUCAAGAAAACUUGAAGGUCAUCGACCAAAGAGUCUUACACAUGGAAAGAAAGUUGUCUGCAAUGAUGACUCUGCUGAACAAGAUAUCUGAAGCAGAAGGGGAUGGAGGGAAUGAAAGAAAAUGAUAAUAAUAAAUAAUACUUAAGACUAGUUAAUCUUGUCGGUAACAUUUUUACUUCUCAAAGUUUGCCGUUGGAAAUCGUUAGUGUAGGACCCACAUUCCAUAACAUAAUGGGGUCAUGCUGGCGACGUGGUCCUGAAAGAUGGAUAAAUAAAUACUGCGUUUUUUUUUU